AUGACCUUUCUUGCUUUCGGCAAUCAUACUGUCCGUAGUUUAAUAAAUUCUCCUUAUUUCCAAUUAAAGAAAGUUCUGCUUUUGGCGGAUAAAUACGAAAACGAUCAAGAAUUGCUCCAAUUAUUAGAAACUAAAAAAAUCUCUUGUCAAUUGCUAGCCAAAAAUGAUUUUUCCCGUUAUAGUUUUGACAAAAAAAAUCAAGGCAUUGUUGCUUUUAUUAAAGAAUAUGCUCAUACUUCGCUUCACACUUUACUAAAAAAAAAGCCAAACCGCCAAUUCCCUUUGUUAAUUAUGCUCGAUAGCAUUCAAGAUCCCCACAAUUUUGGGGCAAUUUUACGGACUUGUGCCGCUUUAAAAAUAGAUGGAGUGAUUAUUGCCACUGAAAACCAAGUCCCAGUGAAUAGCACUGUAAUCAAAGUUUCCGUGGGUGGCGCAGCUUAUGUUCCUGUUUGCCAAGUCAAUAACUUGUUAGAGGCUAUUAAUGAGUUAAAAAAAGCUGGCUACCGAAUUGUUUCAACAGUUUGCCAAUCAGGAGCCCAAGAAUAUAAUCAAAUAGAGUUUAGUUUCCCCACUUGUUUAGUUUUUGGUAGCGAGCACCAAGGAAUUAGGCAAAAAAUUAUUCAAAAGAGUGAUAAUUCUCUUUAUAUCCCAAUGAGUAAUAAUAUUAGUUCUUUAAAUGUUUCUGUCAGUUGCGGAAUUAUCCUAGCCCAGAUAAUUAAUCAGUGA